AUGGUUACACGAACAUCCACACGCCAUGCUGCCCAAAAGGCCAAGGAAGCCAUUUCAACUUCCGCCGAAUCGACUGGCAAGACACCCAAAGGCACAAAGCGGAAAGGUUCAACCAGAGAAGCUCCUCAGCCCAAAAAGGAGAAAACGGAGGACAUAAAGCUAGACAAAGACAAAGCGGAGCAGGUAACAGGUACAUCGGAAGACGGACCAAUGCCGACAGCAGAGGAAGAACCUGUCGAGAGAGAAGAACCUGCCGAGAGAGAAGAACCUGCCGAGAGAGAAGAACCUGCCGAGAGAGAAGAACAUGUCGAGAGAGAAGAACCCGUCAAGACAGAAGAACCAUCCGAAGUCCAACCUACAAAAGAGCAGCCCAUCGAAAUCCCUCCGGAGAAACCCCAAGAAAUCGAGGGAGGUCUCCGUAAGUCCGAGGAGAGAGAAAACGUGGUAUCCUCCAAUAUCCUCGAAAAAGGCUUCAUCUACUUCUUCUUCCGCCCACGCGUCAAUAUAGAGGACCCUCAGAGUAUGGGCGAUAUCGCCCGAAGCUUCUUUGUCCUCCGUCCAACUGUCCUCGGGGCGAAAUUCGAUGAAGGCCAAGGCCCCGUCGACAAAGACGCCUCAUGUCGCUUGAUGAUUCUCCCAAAAAAGAAGUUUCCUACCUCAGCCAAAGAACGAGAUAUGGGAUUUGUAGAGAAGGCUGGACAAUCCAUGCAAGCUCUCCAUGAAAACUUCAUCGCUGGUAAAACAUACCAGACUUCCACCCGAGGUGAACGUCACACCGAGGAAGCCAGACCGUACGCAGAAGGUGUCUAUGCGAUUACGUCCACACAGCGGGCAUCCCAUCUCGCCUAUAUCCUGACCAUCCCUGCCGAGUUGGGUGAUGUUCAGGAGGACUUCGGUCUGCAACCACGCGGGAGUUGGAUUGUUCAAUCGAAGAGUCCCAAGUACGCCGGUCCACCGGUGGGCCAAUUGCCAAAGGAUCCAGAAUAUCCUCAAUCGGUUCUUGACAAAUUCGGAGAUCUUCGAUGGGUGCCUCUGCAGCCCGAGUUCCUGGACUAUCCUAAUGCUCAAUUUCUCAUGAUCGGUGAGGCACAGAAUGACCUUGGCAAGGCUGCAUUUGCUAUGGGUGGUAAACAGCACCACGAGGAAGAGCCUGGUCAGGAAUUGGAGAAACUGUCAGACGAAGACCAGCAUCGGGUUGAUUCUCUUAAAGGAGAUGAAACUGUUUAUGAAGACUUGGGUUAUCAUGCGAAGAAUUACCCCAAAGUGCCCACAACUUGGAACACUUGA